UGAGCUCCUAGUCAAGAGUGUUUGUAAAGGCCCCUGGUAGCUUUGUACUUCCUUUCUCUUACAUGCUGACCUGGGGGCCUCAGGAGGUGCUGCAGGAUUCCCUGGUGGAAAAAUGAAGAGGAUCCUGGUUCUCCUGCUUGCCUUAGCACUUGGGCAUGCUCUAGAGAGAGGCCGAGACUAUGAAAAGGAUAAAGUCUGCAAGGAACUUGCCUUUUUGGGAAACGAUGACUUCAGAUCUUUAUCACUAAUACUAUACAGCAGAAAGUUUUCCAGUGGUACAUUUGAACAGGUCAGCCAGCUGGUGAAUGAAGUGGUCUCCUUGACUGAAGACUGCUGUGCUGAAGGGGCUGACCCCACCUGCUAUGACACCAGGACCUCAGCACUGUCCGUCAAGUCCUGCGAAAGUGACUCCCCUUUCCCAGUGCACCCCGGAACCCCUGAGUGUUGCACUAAGGAGGGCCUGGAGCGGAAACUUUGCAUGGCUGCCCUGAAACACCAGCCACGAGAAUUUCCUACUUAUGUGGAACCAGCAAACGAUGAGAUUUGUGAGGCAUUCAGAAAAGAUCCAAAGGGAUUUGCUAAUCAAUUUCUAUAUGAAUAUUCCAGUAAUUAUGGACAAGCUCCUAUGCCACUUUUAGUUGGUUACACCAGGAGUUACCUCUCUAUGGUUGGGUCCUGCUGUACCUCUGCUAGCCCAACUGCAUGCUUUUUGAAGGAGAGACUCCAGAUUAAACACUUAUCACUUCUUACCACUCUGUCAAACAGAGUCUGUUCACAAUAUGCUGCUUAUGGAAAGGAGAAAUCAAGGCUUAGCCAUCUCAUAAAACUAGCUCAAAAAGCGCCAACUGCUGACCUGAAGAACAUUGUGCCACUAGCUGAAGACAUUACUGAAAUCCUGUCCAGAUGCUGUGAGUCUACUUCUGAGGACUGCAUGUCCAAAGAGCUGCCUGAACACACAAUAAAAAUCUGUGACAACUUGUCCACAAAGAACUCUAAAUUUGAAGAAUGCUGUCAAGAAAAAACACCCAUGGACAUCUUUAUGUGCACUUAUUUCAUGCCAGCUGCCCAGCCGCUUCAGCUGCCAGCCAUCAAGUUUCCCACAAAUAAAGACCUCUGUGGUCAAAGCGGCAGCAAAGCUGUGGACCAGUACACAUUUGAACUAAGCAGAAGGACACACAUUCCAGAAGUAUUCCUCAGCAAAGUGCUGGAGACCACUCUGAAAACUCUCAGCGAAUGCUGUGACUCUCAAGAUUCUCCUGCCUGUUUCAACACUAAGGGUCCUCUACUGAAGAAGGAGCUAACUUCAUUUAUUGAAAAGGGACAAGAAAUGUGUGCAGAUUAUUCAGAAAACACAUUUACUGAGUACAAGAAAAAAUUGGCAGAGCGACUGAAAACAAAAAUGUCUGAUUCCUCUCCCUUGGAGUUGGCGGGGCUGGUUGACAAGUACUCAGACUUUGCCUCCAAGUGCUGCUCCAUAAACUCACCUCCUCUCUACUGUGAUACACAGAUUGAGGCUGAAAUGAAAAAUAUCCUACAGUCCUGAUGUGCUGCAUAUGUACCAGCUUAGACCUAGAGCUGGAACCACCUGGAACAUAGCCACUGAUAGCCAAAUCUAAGCAAAACCACAGUUUCCAGGAAGAUCACCAAAAUAAUUCCAAUUUUUCCUGACUACAGUGUCUUCAUAUAAUAAGUGUGAUGAAUUAUAAAAAUUAAAUUGAAAUAUAUUGCAAACCAUAA